UCAAGGCAAAAGAGAAAUGGAAAAACGAAGCACCACCAACCAGUCUCUUCAAUCUCUGUUUCUUCGUUUUCACUUCAAGCUUCAACCAGCACUGAAAGGCCCUUCUUAUCAACAAAAUCAAUUUCACAUAUCUGAUUUUUUGGUUUAAUUUUUUUGCUUUUUAAAUCAUUGCUGAGAUGGAGUUCAGAAGAACAACCAAGAACAGGGGCUUUUAUCUGAGGAUGAAGCUCAUACACCGUCAUGGAAGACAUGAUAAGAGCUUCUGUUACAGAUAUUUCAGAUGGGUUCUCUGGUUUUCAUUAUCCCUCUAUUUCUUCAGCUCUUAUCUCAUCAGUAGCUCCACCAGAACCACACCUCUGCGUAAAACCACCGUCUCUACUUCUCUAACAAACUUCAUAUCUCGAGCCAUGUUCGAAACCAAUACGACGAUUUCGCAACAACCCAGAAUUCAGAAUCCAGUCUUUUCUCGAGGUUUAUUCAAUGAUCUGAAGGUUUAUGUAUACGAUCUCCCACCGAAAUACAACAAGGAUUGGCUCGCAAACGAGAGAUGCAGUAACCAUUUAUUCGCUGCGGAAGUCGCGAUACACAAGGCCCUAUUGAGUAGCGAUGUACGAACGCUUAACCCAUUAGAAGCAGAUUUCUUCUUUGUCCCUGUUUAUGUGUCUUGCAACUUCAGCACUGUAAAUGGGUUUCCGGCGAUUGGUCACGCUCGGCCUCUGUUAGCAUCAGCAGUGCAACUAAUCUCUUCGGAAAUGCCAUUCUGGAAUAGAAGUCGUGGGGCUGAUCAUGUUUUUGUUGCUUCCCACGAUUUCGGACCUUGUUUUCAUACAAUGGAGGAUGUAGCAAUUGCAGAUGGGAUUCCAGAGUUCUUGAAGAAAUCGAUUAUAUUGCAGACAUUUGGAGUCAAAUACAAACAUGCCUGUCAAGAAGUAGAGAAUGUGGUGAUACCGCCUUAUGUGUCGCCGGAAAAUGUACGGUCGACGCUGGAGAAGGCGCAGGAGAACCGCAAGAGGGAUAUAUGGGUAUUCUUCAGAGGGAAGAUGGAAGUUCAUCCAAAGAACAUCAGUGGAAGAUUUUACAGCAAGCGAGUACGAACGGUGAUAUGGCAUAAGUACAAUUGGCACCGGAAGUUUUAUCUGAAGCGGCACAGAUACGAUGGUUAUCAAUCAGAGAUCGCACGGUCAGUAUUCUGCCUCUGCCCACUGGGGUGGGCCCCGUGGAGCCCAAGACUUGUGGAAUCGGUCGUCCUUGGAUGCGUUCCUGUUAUUAUCGCCGACGGUAUUCGGCUUCCCUUCCCCAGUGUAGUCCGGUGGCCGGACAUAUCGCUGACGGUGGCGGAGAAGGACGUGGUAAAGCUGGGGAAAAUACUGGAGCAUGUGGCAGCGACCAAUCUCUCUGAUAUACAGAGGAACCUGUGGGACCCAUCGACCAAGCAGGCCCUACUAUUCAACCGUGAUAUGAAAGAUGGAGAUGCCACGUGGCAGGUCUUACAUGACCUAUCCAAGAAGCUAGAUAGGUCGUACAGGAGGCGUUCGAGGCUUCGUGGCGAAUCAUCGUCCGACGCGUGACGGUUAUGUAUCGGUUGAAACGGGAGGUGCCAGCCCAGCCCAUUGGCUGUGCUUUUUACACAGCGUGGAUGCUGAUUCAGGCAAAAAAUAGUGGAGGACAGCCUGUAUGUAUUAUUCUUCACAGGUGGGCCCCACAACAGAACA